AGCCUAGCUGUUCAGGGCUCCGAGCGCACAGGGCAAGUAUGGGAGUUGCUGCUUAGCAGAGGCUAUUCACAAGUGAGCGGCCAUGACGCGCAGCGAUGGUCUCUAUGGCUAUAGGCCGGAUUGUUGGAACCUUAUACGCGUUGGUACCUGAUGUCCGGGGAGGGUCCCUGGAUUACCACUAUUCUAAACUACGACGGGGGAGACGAGGCAAAAUUGAAGAUCAACGUGGAAGGGGUGAGAGAGGAGGAGAUGACAGGAGAUCUAAAGCUACAGGUUGUGGUCACGAAGGCAAAGAAUAGAGCGAAGAGAAGAUGCCGAAGGGACAGGUUCGUGAUUGAGGUGCAGGUGACAAUCACGUACCAUGAGGCUGAGACCUCCAUUGGUACUACAGAGCGCGGACAACAGCACCUGGAUCGUGACAGAGAUGUCGAGAGCGAAGCGAGCGACUUGGACGCGGAGACCCAGUCUUGGCACGGGCUGGACCAGUGGCAGAAGGACCACCCACCGGCUGAGCCUGUGGAAAGCGGCCCAGAGGCCAUCUUGCGACGACGACGUGACCAUGGGCGCUAAGCAGUCACGGGCAAGACGAAGGGUGCUAGGCAGUUACAAUGAAGUGACACGCGUGAC